CUAAAACUAUUCAUAUUUCAUACGUCAUUUCGUUUUGUUCGUUUUACCAGAUAGAUAACCAAUUAAUUAAUUUUAUUAGAUAAUCUAUUAUUGAUGAUCUAAUUGAAUGUCAAAACCAUAAUUAUUAAUGAUUGACUCAGAUUGAAGGAGAAGUUGCACUAGGCUAUAAGUUGUCUGAUUCUGUUGUAUGAAAAAUGACCGAAGGAAUUGAUUCUUAUUUGGCCAACAUUGAGGAGUACGUUUUUGACGAAAAGAAAAUUGUAACUUGCAGUUGGCUGUCAAAAAGUCUUGGUUUACACACCAAUUUGAGUAAACAGUUGCUGCAUUUAUUCUUCGAAAGAUGUCCAAAGAAAGAUGAGCUGUCUUUAACUUACUUAUUGAUUGGUUCACCCGAUAAUGAUGGACGAUGUAAAAUCUCGAUUGUUAAAGACAAAGAUUUGGAUAAAUGUGAAAGUAGUUGGAAGUUGAUUACCUCAAAACACAUCUACAGUAUGCAGAAAUGCACGGAUCUGUCUGAUCUAAAUGUGCUUUAUACAGCACAAAAAGAAGACUCAGCUGAAACAUUAUCCAAGGGCAUAUCAGCUAUUGAUUUCAACUGCAAUGAGCGGGAUACUUCACUGAUAGCAAAACUAAGGUCAGAUGCUUUGCCUGUGCCUUCUAAACAACCAUUGGGAGCUAGCAAGAAACCAGUGCCACUGCCACCAGCAAAGUCAAAGAGUCCUGCUAAGAACAAAGGAGACAACGGUUCUGAAGAAAACAAAGCAGCUGCAUCAAAAGACAACGGCUCUGUCAUCCCAUCCAUGUUCAAAAAUAAUAAACCAACUGAGAGUAAAACAAACUCAACAACAACAAAAAAACCAGCUGAAAAGCCUUCCGUUGGCAACAAAAAGCCACAGGGCAUUGGAGCUUUCUUUAGCAAGUCCACAAAUAAACAGAGCAGCGAACCCAAAAAGGUAGAGGAGGAGAAAAAAAUUAAGGAAGAACAAGAAUCAAACAGUACUGAGAGGCACUCACCAUCUAAAGAAAACAAGCAAACCUUAAACAUUGUUACAGAGGAUAAAAUUGAAAAGAAAAGUGAAGAAGAUGACAAAACAAAUGCAAGUGAAACAUCACAAAAACCUUCGCCGAAAAAUAAAAAACUGGCAGCCAAAAUCAAGCCAAAAGCUACUGCCAAAAAGGAAAAUAGCAAAAAAGGACGUGGGAAAAAGAAUGAGAAGGAACAGAAGAAAAGAAAGAGAGUUACAAUGCUCAGUGACAGUGAAUCUGAAAACAGCAGCGGAGGAGAAGAAGAAGAAACGAGAGAACCAACACCAGAACCUCAACCGACCAUCAUUCCAGACGAUGAUGACGACAUGGUGUGCGGUACUCCGGAGCCAGCUACUAGAAAACGCAAAAGAAAGCUUGUCGCUAAAACCUACAAAACUCCAGAUGGCUACAUGAUGACAAAGAAAGAAUAUGAGAGUUAUAGUGAAGAGGAAGAGGAAACUGUACCUGAAAAGAAGGCAAAAGGAAAUUCACAAGAUGAUGAAUCAGCAAAGAGUGGAAAAGACAUUGUUGUACCUGCCACCACCACCACCACCACCACUAACACCAACAAGAAUGUACCUAAACCUACGAAGGUUUCACCACAGAAAACAAAACAAGCCUCCCUAACAAGUUUCUUUAAGAAAAAGUAAUAUUUCAUCUGAUGUGUUGUAUAUGUUUUUGUUUGUACGUUAAUUGCUUUAAACUAGGCUAAGGUUAUGUAAAUUUAAAUAAAUUGCUAUGCUAUUUUUAAA